CGGGCGACGGGAGUGAGAGCCCCGGCGCGAGCCGGCACAGUCGCUCUCCGCCGCGCCCGCCGCCCGCGCCCCGCGGCUCCCCCUGCCGGAGCGCAGCGCACAGCCACAAUCGAGGCGGAGAGACGCCGGGGAAGGUCCCGACUAACUCAGGCCGGUUUCCACGGAGGCAGCGCGUCCCCGGAUCCCCCUUCACCCCGGGCUUGAGGGGACCCGGCUGCGAAAUGGCAGGGCGCCGGCGAGCCUGAGGACUAGAAGAAUAAAGAGAAGUUUAAUUUAUGAGAACUGUAAGAAAGCUUACAACAGUUUGGAAUGGAUUGAUUUAUGAUACCUCUGAUAUGUGAGAGCUACAUUUCGUGUCGCUGUUGGCCAGCUGCUGCUGGUGGACUUAAGCUGACUUCAUUGCAGCAAGCCCAACAGAUACGUCUUCAUUGCUAAUAGAACAUAAACAAGUGUGAUGCUGAAAUGAGAUGAGGCUCCGAAAUGGAACUGUGGCCACCGUGUUAGUUUUCAUCACUACUUUCCUCAGUUUGUCCUGGUAUACUGCAUGGCAAAAUGGGAAAGAAAAGUUGAUUGCAUAUCAACGGGAAUUUCAUGCUUUGAAGGAACGUCUUCGUAUAGCUGAGCAUCGCACUCUGCAACGCUCUUCUGAGCUGAAUGCUAUCUUGGAGCAGUUCAGGCGUGCAGUAGCAGAAACAAAUGGGAGUAAGAAUGCAAUGAAUAAUUUUUCAGAUGAGACGCUGAAAUUGUUAAAAGAGCUAACGAGUAGAAAAUCUCUUCAAGUGCCAAAUAUCUAUUACCAUUUGCCUCAUUUGUUGAAAAAUGAAGGAAGCCUUCAACCUUCUGUGCAGGUUGGCCUUGGAAGGACAGGAGUUUCCAUUGUAAUGGGAAUACCUACAGUGAAAAGAAAAGUCAAGUCUUACCUUACAGAAACUCUCCACUCCCUUAUUGAUAAGCUGUCUCCUGAAGAAAAACUGGAUUGUGUUAUGGUUGUCUUUAUAGGAGAGACUGAUCUUGAUUAUGUUAACAGUGUUGUUGCAAGCCUGGAAAAAGAGUUUUCUACAGAGAUCAGUUCUGGCUUGGUGGAAGUAAUAGCCCCUCCUGCAACUUACUAUCCUGAUUUGACAAACUUGAAAGAGACAUUUGGAGACUCAAAAGAGAGAGUGAGAUGGAGAACAAAACAAAACUUGGAUUAUUGUUUUCUUAUGAUGUAUGCCCAGAAAAAGGGAGUUUAUUACAUUCAGCUUGAAGAUGACAUCGUUGUCAAGCAGAAUUAUUUCAGCACAAUAAAAAAUUUUGCACUUCAGCUCGCUUCUGAAGAUUGGAUGAUUCUAGAAUUUUCUCAGCUGGGUUUCAUUGGUAAAAUGUUCCAGUCUCCAGAUAUCACUCUUAUUGUAGAGUUCAUAUUUAUGUUUUAUAAGGAGAAACCUAUUGAUUGGCUCCUGGACCAUAUCCUCUGGGUGAAAGUGUGUAACCCUGAGAAAGAUGCUAAACAUUGUGAUCGACAGAAGUCUAACCUACGGAUACGCUUCAGGCCUUCUCUUUUCCAGCAUGUUGGCCUCCACUCCUCUCUAGCAGGGAAGAUCCAGAAACUCACAGAUAAAGACUUCCUGAAACCGCUACUGCAUAAAAUCCACGUGAAUCCACCUGCAGAGGUUUCGACAUCUUUAAAAGUCUACCAAGGGCAUACGCUAGAAAAAACCUACGUAGGGGAAGAUUUUUUCUGGGCUGUCACACCAGUUGCGGGGGAUUAUAUUCUAUUUAAAUUUGACAAGCCAGUCAAUGUAGAAAGGUACUUGUUUCACAGUGGCAAUCCAGAGCAUCCAGGAGACAUACUUCUAAACACAACUGUGGAAGUUUUGCCUUUUCAGAAUGAAGAACUGGUAUUAAGCAAAGAAACCAAAGACAAGCGCUUAGAGGAUGGUUACUUCAGGAUAGGGAAAUUUGAAAAUGGUGUAGCUGAAGGAACAGUUGACCCCAGCCUAAACCCUAUUUCAGCAUUCCGGCUUUCAGUGAUACAAAAUUCAGCAGUUUGGGCAAUUCUAAAUGAGAUUCAUAUUAAAAAGCUUACAAACUGAUCAUGGAAAUCUGCUUUAGAGGAAAGAGAAAGAUUCCUUGAAAACUUUUCCUAUAAAAUCUGACAUCCUUAGCAAGUCACAAAUUGAAAAUACUGAGCAUGCACCUUAUUCCAAAUUUCUUUCAUUUUCACUUGAACUCUACCUCUUGUGAAAUCUACUGUAGAUGAGAAGAUUGUAUUUACCCCUUCUUAUCUGAUCCAUCCAGAAACCGAUGCACCACACUGAUAACAUCCAUCUGAGGUCUAAGUUGUCCUCCACUUUAAUGUGACUUUUACCAUCUUAUGGUUACAGAACCCUGCUACGCUUAACUUGUACUAUUUUGAUAGUAUAGUAAUAUAGAGAAGUUGUACAUAUUGUUACAUUCCUUGAAGAAGAAAAAAAAUAUAAUUAUUGUUAAAUAUGUUUUAUGAAGGGGGUACUUUCGGAGUUCCAUUUAUUUUCUAUAACAAGAACCCUCUUUUAUAGACUGUCAGGGAUAUAUAUUAAAAAUGUUAGGGAUAUUUAAUUUAUUAAAAUAAUUUGAAAAGUACAUAUUUUUAUGCAGUAAAAUUUUAAAUUGAUAUAGUUUUUUUUAUGAAUUCUCUAGUUUAAGUUAUCUUUCUACAUUUUUUUUUGGAGAUGCAAACAUAAAUUAAUACCAUAUUUCAAAUAUACUGCCAUGUUUAAAAAAACUGGAUUAAGUUUCUAAAUUAUGUCUUUUUGUACACAGAAUCUGAAUGAUGUUCAGAGGCAUUAACAGAGUUCUGAAGAGCAUUAUUCUUUGGGGCUAUGAAAUUCCACUAUGUACAGUUUGUAGCCACAUAAAAAGCAUGCUGAAAUGUCUUGUUUCAUAUUAUGUACUAAAUCUGCAGUGAUUUUAGAUUGAAUCCAUUGCAUUUUAGAAGAAUUUUUUCAAUUCCAAACAGUUCUUUCUAAAAAUCUUUGUAGACAUUUCCUAGCCUGGACAAAUUCAUUUUCUGUACUGAAAAAAAAAAAAUCACUUUCUUGCUUUGCUUUGGAGUGACAGAGGUUACCUUUUAUCAAAAGAAUUAAUAGUAAUUAUGUACAUUUGAUCUGCAGAGGUCUCCUUUUAAAAAGUUCUGUUAUUGCAGCGUUUAUUUUAGAUACAUUACAGUGAGUAGUUCUGGUUUAUUUUUUAUUUUCUUCCAUUGUUCAAGAACAAGGUUUCAGUUUGACUCCUUUAUUGAUUGGUGUAGUAACUCGCACUAACUUUUAGUAGGAACGGAAUUUGGCUUCAAGUGAGUACCCUGCCUUUUCGUUUCAAGGGAAACAACAGUGAUCUUAAAUCAAUCGGAAACUUGGUCAGGAACAGGAAGUGGUUUGGAUUAAAUCCAGAGUGGAAUUGUUGCCGUACUAAUGCUGCCGCUGCUCUUAAGAGUCCUUCUGCUUAGGUGCUUAUGUGUAACAUAAGGACACAGGCAUGGGAAGAUUUAAGUUACCCAGUCAGAAAUGGUCAGGAAGAGGAGAGGCAGAAAUUCCUCUCUUUAAUAGGAACGAAGUGCCUGAUUGACACUGGAGGGAGGCAUCUACCCUGGUUUGGGGAUUCUCAGCUGUGCUGUGAACCAGCCUCCUGGAACUGACAAGUCAGCCCAGUUUUCCCUGUGAAAA